AUGUACAUUGAGUUAGAUAACAAUUUCGCCCAAACCACUUCCUUACACGAUAGAACAUCUCAGAAUUCCCGCGAGCAAAUAACUGAAUACCGGCACGCGCGUUAUAUUUCGCAAUUCCCCGCAACGGCUAAACUACGUAAUAAUAUUGUGGCUGGGCUCACAUUUGGGGCGGAAUCAUCGAUAGUCAUUAUCGGAAAAGCGGGUUUAAGAGCCGUCCCGGUCCCGGCGGGACCUUUACGGGGGUCUCAUCCGACGCGUUCGAUAACUAUGCUAAUGUUAUUUGAGGCAGUGGGUUGGCUACGGCAGCAUCUCGCUCGUGUGCCAACGCAACGUCCCUUAAGCGAAAGAUUUUUCGGAGCUAAUCCGAAGACAUUGCGUGACCGAGAUGGAACCAUGGAACUAUUUAGUGGAGUUGUGAGUAGAAUUACAAAGAGUCCCAUCUGUCCUCUUAUAUCGCACGUAGACAGCACUAUUCAGUUGAUCGAAAAACUUUUCCAAUAG